AUGUCGGAACCAAUUCGCAAUAAGAAGCUUGACCUCGCGGCCGCCCCUACCCCGCAAAACACCCCUCUUAACCAGGCUCCUAUCUCUUCCCAUGCUGUCAAGCCUAGCGUUGCUUCCAUCGAAGAAGAGGAGCGUGCUCUUGCUGCCGGCAUGCUUGCCCAGAACCCCCAGUUGGUCUCUAUGAUCCAGGGAAGACUUGGAAAGCUCAUCGGCCGUUCGUCUGGCUACAUUGAAUCCCUCCCACCGGUCAUCAGGCAACGUAUAACUGGUCUCAAGGGUGUCCAGAAGGAACACUCCAAGCUCGAGGCCGAGUUCCAAGAAGAGGUUCUGCAACUCGAGAAGAAGUAUUUCGCCAAGUUCAAGCCAUUAUACGAGAAGCGUUCCAGGAUCGUCAACGGCCAUGAGGAGCCAACCCAGGAGGAUAUCAUUGCUGGUACCGCCGAGGGAGAAGAGGUUGACGACACCAAGAUGGAAGAGGACACUGCCAUUGUUUCCAAGGGUAUCCCAGAGUUCUGGCUCUCUGCCAUGAAGAACAGCACAUCUUUGGCCGAGACUGUUACCGAUCGUGAUGAAGCUGCUCUCAAGCACUUGAUCGAUAUCCGCAUGGAGUACCUCGAGCGCCCUGGAUUCCGCCUCAUCUUCGAAUUCGAGGAUAACGAAUUCUUCACCAACAAGACCCUCAGCAAGACCUACUAUUACCAGGAAGAGAAUGGCUACGGUGGUGAUUUCAUCUACGAUCACGCCGAGGGUGAUAAGGUCGAUUGGAAGCAAGGCAAAGACCUCACCGUUCGCAUUGAGAGCAAGAAGCAACGCAACAAGAACACCAAGCAAACUCGCAUUGUUAAGCGUACCGUUCCCGUUGAGAGUUUCUUCAACUUCUUUACCCCGCCAAAGCCACCAACCAGCGAGGACGGCUCCAACGCCGAGGAAGAUGAAGAAAUUGAACAACGCCUCGAACUCGACUACACCCUCGGCGAGGACAUCAAGGAGAAGCUUAUCCCACGCGCCGUUGAUUGGUACACCGGGGAGGCUCUACAGUUCGAGGAACUCGAUGAGUUCGAUGAGGGUGAUUUGGAUGACGAGGAGGAUGAUGAUGAAGAGGCUAGCGACGAUGACCGAGAUGAGGAUGAGGAAGAUUCCGAAGAAGAUGAUGAGUCCAGGAAGAACCCUAAACAGGAGGCUGCUGAGUGCAAACAGAGUUAA